AUGUCUCGCAUUAUUUCUCCCUGGUUUGGUGUUGUAAUGGCGUCGACACGGUUGCUGAUAGUCUAUUUUCCUCUGAACCCAAAGUUCGAUAAGUUCACGGAACCAUUGUUUGCUUUCAUUUCUAUUGCUCUUUUCUUAUUCCUCAGUCUCAUUACGGCAGGUAGAGGAAUUUUUAACUUGAGCAUUGGUGCGACUGGAACAUGGACGCCAAAAGAAAGUUGUGGAUACCCUACAAAUUAUACUGAACCGGAGUACGGGUUGGUAUUGAGUGAAUGGGCUCUCGUUGAUGUGACAGCCUUUCUAGCUUAUCUCAACGCAAUAUUCAAGAAUCUUCCUGCUAUUAUUCUCCCUUUCUUGACAAUAGUGCUAAUCAAAGGGAUAAGAAAUGCACAAGCUAGGAGAAAAAAGUUACAUGCUGGAAACGAAGACUCACCAAAAGACAACACAACUCAGCUUGUCACCAUUAUGACUAUUUUUCUUGUUAUAUCAGAGAGUACUGUAGCAAUGACUGUACUUUUGCAAGCUCUUGUGAUAGGCUUUAGUACGGAUGUUAUUCAAAGUUUCGGAGUUUUGUAA